UUUCUGCGCUGCACUUGCCACGAAGGGUUCACCUAUGUCAAACGUUUUCGGCUUCAUCGAUGGCACAAAGAUUCAAACCAGUCGAAUUGAUUCGACAGGGGAUGGAAACAAUCUUCAAAAGCAAAUCUACAGUGGCCAUAAGCGCAUGCACUGCCUGAACUACCAGGCUUGCCGGCGUCACGACUCAACUAUGCUGCGUCAGAGUAAGCUUCUUCAAUUCUUUGACAAGCAUCGAGACAUGUUUUCCUCGACGUGCAUCUACGGGGACCCAGUCUAUGGCAUUUUUGAGUACCUGCUCUCAGGAUACAAAGGCAACAACGUUGGAGAGCUCAAACGCGAAUUUAACAAAAGGAUGAGUCGUGUGCGCCAGUCCGUUGAGUGGAAUUUCAAGAUUUUGAAAAAAAAC